AUGCUUAUACAUGCUCUUCACUGCCUUCACCCCUCUUGGGAAGAACUACAAAAUCGGUUUACAGAAUAUGAUAAUGCAAAGCUAAAGAGCGUAGCAAACACUCAAUGGCAUAGCAACCACAGCAACCUGAGCGGUGUGAGCCCUGGGGAGAGAUCUCCGUUUGAAGGGUCUUGCUGUGGGAGCAGUUACAACAACAUCAGCUCGGAGGGAAGUGUGGAGGAGAUCACCAAGUAUCGAGUUGUCUUGCUGGGAGACGCUGGCGUGGGCAAGACUGCACUCGUUUCACAGUUCAUGACCUCGGAGUACAUGAACACAUAUGACGCUUCCCUAGAUGACGAGUUCGGAGAGAAGACGGUCUCAGUUCUGCUUGACGGAGAGGAAUCCGAGAUGAUCUUUAUCGACCAUCCCAGUGUGGAGAUGUCGGUUGAAAAUUCUUUGUCGACGUACGAGCCUCACGCAUGCGUCGUAGUCUACUCCAUUGUGGACCGCAACACUUUCAAAGUAGGGGAAGAUAUCCUCAACUACUUGUGGCGUGAGAACUACAUACAAGAGAAAUCUGUAAUUCUUGUUGGCAACAAGGCCGAUCUUGCCAGGUCUCGUGUCAUCCCAAUAAAUGUGAACAACCUUAUAGAUAUGGUAGAGACCCGACCCGUUCUUGAACUCCUAAGCAGUAUCCCCCUAGCAAAACAGGUAAAUGUGGACGAGAUAUUCAAGGACAUAAAACGACGUGGGGUUAUUGAAGAAGCAGGCAGCCCAUGGUCACCCUCCGUCGUUCUCGCCCGAAAGAAGACCGGGGACAGCGCUUCUGCGUGGACUACAGGAAUCAGAACGAUGUCGCAAGGAAGGACUCUUUCCUACUACCCCGGACUGCUGACACUCUGGACGCGCUGGCUGGAGCCAAAUGGUUAUCCUGUCUGGACCUGA